GGGCAUCCAGAUGUCCACCUCCACGCCGGCAUCCUCAAUCCAAUCUUACCUAUGCUUUUAGCCCUUUUAGUCAUUCAUUCUCAGCCCUUCGAUUGACAAGUCGCCAGGAGACAUGCUGCUCUACAAACAGAACACCGUUUUCUUAAUUGUCAAUUGAGACUCACUUUCCUUUUAUACGGGCUCUUCCCCAAAUUUCUGCUUAUUUCAUGUCUACCUAGCCUUCGGCAGCAAGAGGCAACAGGGUAUUUCAUCCUGGCCAAAUCUCAAUAUGGCUUCAAGGUUCUGGGCAUCAUCGGAAGAUUUGAGCGUUGACUCCUCUGCAGAGGGUUUUGGCGGCUCACGUGAUGAAUCUCAUGAUAGCCAGAAUCAGGACGGCUUCGAAAGUACAGACAACCAUGAUUCAAUGGGCGAUGUUGGUGCUCUGGCACGUAUCAUGGCUUCUGAUCUGUCAAGGCAAACCCUACAACCGUCACAGCAUACAACUUUCUUUUACCUCGCGCUCAUUGAGGCGAGGUGUAAGAAACAAGCUGCAGUGUUCAUCAACAAACAACGUCGUCCUGCCGACCACCUAUCCGAAGAGCAUCCUGAAGUAUGUGCUCUGGCUAAAAUAAUCUUUUCCGAUGUGCAGAGAGAUCUAGCAAGGGCUGGCAUGCUGCCUGAAGAGUUCGUCGGUCAACAUAUUCCCGAACUGCAGUCGUAUCUCACGUCUUUUGACACUGCUAUCAGCAACAUUGCAACAAGGAAAACCUCCGACAUCUCUGGUGUACCAAUUAUAUCCUUUGUUGACACUCAAUCUCUUCCAUUCGUCCCUAGUUCGUCUCAACUUGAACAGUCGCAAGACUAUUCGAAUGCACUUGUGCGUCAAGACCUUAGGAUGGCCCUUUCAGAUCGUCGUCAGACUGGUGGCCAGUCCCCCUUCUCCUUGUUGUAUCCCGCCGGAAGUACGUCAGGGCCUGUCUCAGAAUCACGCUAUGGCAAAGAUUACCAGCAGUAAGCAAUCAUCUACUAUCUAGCAAAUCAAUAUAUCCUCCGAAUUUCACUCUCCCGCUACGGGUGGGACCAGAGUUAUUGCGACGUCAAGAAGAUGUGACUCGUCGGAUCUGGUCCCCUUUGCCCGAGCCCGGCUAUGAGAUGGAUCUCUUCACAUGCUCAUAGCAUUGCCAGUUUGGUCUUUUAUUGGAAUUGUUGUGAGAUUGGAGGCACGCCGAGUAUCUUUGAGGCAUUAUGCUUACAUCCCAUUUCUAGGUUAUUGAAGCUUGGCAGCGGAGGCUUCGGGAGUGUCUAUCUAGCAAAAUACUACCUCGAUAAUAGAUCAUAUGCCGUCAAGCAAAUAGUUGUCCCGGCCGAAAAAUUCCUGGGCGCUGCUGGUAGGGCAAAGGUAGACCAAGUGCUUACCGAAGCGAGAUCUUUGGCGCAGCUGGAUCACCAUAAUAUCGUUAGAUAUUAUCAUACCUGGGUCGAGGAACGUGUUCGCACAAGCACGACCCGUACUGACGAUGAUGAAUCCGAUUCCGGUUCAGACACUGAUUCCGAUCCUCGCCCAGACUCCAUGGAACCCAUCACGCAAGGUGCGCACAGUAUACAGCUCGGCUUGGAGCGGAGCCUCUUUAAAGAAAUCAGGAGAGAGCGACAACGAGCAAGUUCCACUGCUGCCGAGGAGAGUAAUAACUACAUCAUCUUCGAAGCCUCCGAUUCAUCGAAGCCUACUCCAGGAUAUAAAAGCGCCUUUCGCCAACCAGGAGAAAUUGAUAGCGAUGAUGAGGACAGCGAUGGACAAAACGACAGCACAGAAGAAAUCCCGAGAAGUGAAAUCCCAAAUGAGGUCACCAUCUACAGCGGAAUUGAGAAGGAUUUGGUGCUGCACAUCUCCAUGUUUCCAUAUCCAUUGUCUCUGGACGAUUUCAUCUGGGGCUCAGGUGCAGAGAAGAUUUCUGGAGAAGCCUCGCCUCGUCACUGCUUUCAUACACUACCGACGAUCCGUCUUCUUCUCGCUAUUCUUGACGGCACAGAGUAUCUUCAUCGAAAAGGCUUCAUCCACCGUGAUCUCAAGCCUCCUAACAUAUUUCUUUCUAUCCUCGAACCAAAUGAGCCUGAGCGCCACCAGUUCAUCAACAUCUCAGACUGCAAGGAGUGUGGCACCUUGGGACAGCCAGUCUUUGUCUGCCCACAUAUUGGUGAUUUUGGCUUGAUACACGACCUAAAAAUUGUUGACCAGGAUCCUCUGGCAACACCAUCUCGGAAGAAGGCAGCUCUGGAGCCAUUUCCGUUCUCUACCGUUGCAUCCCAGCAGGUCGGAACAAAGUUUUACUGUCCUCCAAAAGUACCAAAGGAGCGUCCAAUCUGCCCCAAACUCGACGUAUAUAGUUUUGGCGUGAUCACAUUCGAGAUGGUCUACAAAUUCGGCACAAGAACGGAGCGCCAGCACGUAUUGAGCAACCUGCGAAAUGGAGAUUAUCCAAUACACUUUGAACAUCAUUCACUGGCCGAAGGUAUUAAGGCGAUGCUGUGUGAGGAUCGAGACAAACGUUGGGACUGUGCUCAAGUUAGGAAGUGGUUAAAUGGCAAGCUCAAGGUGGAGUCUGAACGAUAGAUUCUGGUGAAUAAUAUGAGAGUGUCGACAUGGAAGGUUCCGGGCAUAACUGUAUAAAUGUUGGAGUAUGAUACCAUGGGGUCAGGCAGCUGGAGUUGGUCAUUCGCAGCGGGUUCGGCAUACUGUGUUCACUCUGCAUGCACAGCGGUUGAUUCAUAUUGCCUCCUCAAGAGGCCAAGUUUCUGAAUUCCCUCGGACACGACAGCGAGUAGCGAAUUAGAAAAGCAAAUCACCACUUCGCUGGAUAAUUUCGGUGUGCGUGAUGCAGUAUACCUCCAAUUUGAAAACUAAUAUACAACUAGGACAUCGUCUCUGCCGGUGCUCUUGCCUCUUUAAAUCUGCAGUAGUA